AUGUCCAAAGUCUUCACUGCGGCAGACGUGGCCAAGCACGACCAGAAAGCUAAAGAACUCUAUAUAAUAGUCGACGGCACAGUAUAUGAUGUAACAGGCUUCGUGGACGAGCACCCAGGCGGCGCAAAGAUCUUGAAAAGAGUAGCGGGCAAGGAUGCCAGUAAACAAUUCUGGAAGUAUCACAACGAGUCGGUGCUCAAGAAAUACGCUGCCAAGUUGAAGAUUGGUGAGGUUGGUGAGAAGGCCAAGCUGUAA